AUGUCUGCUAGGAUUCUUGUAACGUUGCUGGCUGUGUCCUGCGCUGUGUCUGCUCAGUCAGACCUAGAGCUCAAGGCGAAGGAGUUUCUGCAGAGGUUCGACGAGGAGGCCACUGCACGUAUGUACCAGUACUCUCUGGCAUCAUGGGCCUACAACACCAACAUCACAAAGGAGAACUCAGACAAACUGUCAGAGCAGGGGCAAAUUUGGGGCAAUUUCUACACCCAGAUGUCAGAAGAGUCCCUGAAAUUCCCCAUCGACCAGAUCAAGAAUCCAGAAAUCAAAUUACAGCUCAUCUCCUUGCAAGACAAAGGCUCUGGUGCUCUGUCCCAGGAUAAGGCUGCACAUCUGAGCAAGAUCAUGAGUGAGAUGAGUACAAUCUACAGCACAGCAACAGUGUGUCUGAUCGACGACCCCCUUAACUGCCAGACUUUGGAGCCAGGCCUGGAACACGUGAUGUUCAACAGCCGAAACUACUCCGAGCGUCUGCAUGUGUGGGAGGGCUGGAGGAGAGAGGUGGGGAAGAGAAUGAGGCCUCUGUACGAAGAUUACGUGGAUCUGAAGAAUGAAGCUGCCAAAUUAAACGGUUUUGAAGACUACGGUGCUUACUGGAGAUAUAACUAUGAGACCCUUGAGGAUGACAUUCGGUACAAGUACACCAGAGAUCAGCUGAUGGAUGAUGUCCGUUCAGUUUACAAAGAGAUCCUGCCAUUGUACAAGGAGCUGCAUGCCUAUGUGAGAGCCAGACUUAUAGAGGUCUACCCAGGACACAUUGAUCCGAAAGGACCUCUGCCGGCCCACCUGCUGGGUGACAUGUGGGGGAGAUUCUGGACCAACCUGUACUCUCUGUCCGUCCCCUACCCUGACAAACCAGAUAUUGAUGUCAGCAAAACUAUGGUGACAGAGGGUUGGACUGAGCGUAGGCUUUUCGAAGAAGCAGAGAAGUUCUUCAUGUCUGUGGGCCUGUACAAGAUGUUUGACAACUUCUGGAAUGACUCCAUGCUGGUGAAGCCUGAGGAUGGACGCAAGGUUGUCUGUCACCCCACAGCCUGGGACAUGGGAAACAGAGAGGACUUUAGGAUCAAAAUGUGCACCAAGGUCAACAUGGAAGACUUCCUCACGGUGCACCACGAGAUGGGUCACAACCAGUACCAGAUGGCUUAUCGCAACCUGUCCUACCUCCUGAGGGACGGAGCCAACGAGGGUUUCCACGAGGGUGUGGGAGAAAUCAUGUCUCUCUCUGCUGCAACGCCCAAACACCUGAAGAGCCUGGAUCUCCUGCCGGCUGACUUCUUCUAUGAUAACGAAACGGAGAUCAACUUCCUGCUGAAACAGGCGCUCACCAUCGUGGCCACACUGCCAUUCACCUACAUGCUGGACGAAUGGAGGUGGCAGGUGUUUGCAGGGAACAUCUCCAAGGACGAAUGGAUGAAGCGCUGGUGGGAGAUGAAGAGGGAGUUGGUAGGCGUGGUGGAGCCAGUGCCAAGAGAUGAGACUUACUGUGACCCGCCCGCUCUGUUCCACGUAUCCGGAGACUAUUCUUUCAUCAGGUACUUCACGAGAACCAUCUACCAGUUUCAGUUCCAAAAAGCGCUCUGCAAGGCAUCCGGCCACACAGACGCCUUGUCUACAUGUGACAUUACAGGUUCUACAGCAGCAGGAACCAAGCUGAGGAAUAUGUUAGAGCUGGGACGGUCCCAGUCAUGGACCAGGGCUUUGGAUACGAUAUCCGGUGACACUAAGAUGGACGCCCGCCCCCUGUUGGACUAUUUUCAAAAACUUCACGACUGGCUGAAGGUAGAGAACAAGAAACACAACAGGAUGGUAGGCUGGGAGACAGCAAUAGAUCCAUAUUCAGAGUAUGCCAUUAAAGUGAGACUAAGUCUGAAGGCUGCCUUGGGCGAUAACGCUUACGUCUGGAAUACCAACGAGCUGUAUCUGUUCAAGGCCAACAUUGCGUACGCUCUGAGGCAGUACUACAUGCAAAAGAACGAGAGCCUUCCUUUCACAGCAGAGAACAUCCUCACAUAUAAAGAGACUGCCAGAAUCUCCUUCUACUUUGUGGUCACCAACCCAGCAAAUCCCUCUACAUAUAUCCCAAAGACUGAUGUGCAGGCUGCCGUCAGGUUAUCUCGAGGCCGAAUCAACGACGCCUUCCAGUUGGAUGACUUGACGCUGGAAUUCUUGGGUAUCCCAGCAACACUGGCCCCUCCCGUGGAGCAGCCGGUGGAGGUGUGGCUCGUGGUGUUUGGAGUGGUCAUGGGAAUCGUGGUGCUAAUGGGCAUCUACCUCGUCGUGUCUGGUGUCAGAGAGCGCAAGAUGAAAUCUGCGAAGACAGGCAUGGAGAAUCCCUACGAUGCAUCCGUUGAAGCACAAACUAACAAAGCCUUUGAGGACAGUGAUGACGAACAAACUGGAUUCUGAUUCAGCGAAGCACAGAAGAAAGGUGUUCUCGUACAGUAGGCUCAUAGUCACUGUCCAAGAAUAAGAAAGCGAAAAUUCUUGAUCUGAUAAAGCCUUUCCCUCUUCCACCGGUGCUGCAUGGCCUCUCAUCAAACAUCAACAUCUCUUAUUGUGUAUAUGUGUAAAGGUUUUAGUUUGUCUCUCAUUGUUAUAGUAUAGUGAAUGCCCCUGUAAAAAGUGCACUUGGUAUACCUCCAUGUAAAUCCACUUAAACUGCACAACUUUGAUAUACUAAUAUAAUAUUUGUGGUAUAAUAAGAAGUACAGCUUAACAUAUACUUCACUACACUUAAGUUUAUUUUACUAUUCUAGUUUGAUAUACCAUUAAGUGCAAUUAAUCAGACUUUUUUGUAGAAAUAGAAUAAUUUUUUUUACCAUGUACUUUGUGUAUAUUUAAAUUAACUAAUGUCUUUUGAACAGCUAUUAAUAUAAAUUGAAUAACUGAAAAAACACAUAUGAAAACAUUAUACUUGAAAUAUUAAUAUUAAUAUUAAAUGUUUGCAUUAAGAAAAAGGGUGUAUUUAAAUAUAAUUUUUAUAACUUAAUGAGAUCUCAAGAUAGCACAGUCAAUCUUACUUAAAGGUGCUAUAUGUAAGUUUUUGCUAUUGCUACAUAGCCAAUGUAAACAUUAACAGCUGUUUACUCAUUGUAGAAGACACGUUGCGAGUACAGCGAUAAACUUAAUAACUUUACUAGAGCGUUACUAUAGCCCUUUUAAGUGUUGUCAAGUGUAUUUUAAGUUGUAUUAUUAUAUCAUGAACACACUAAGUGCAAAAUUAGUCAAAAUAAAAGUUAAAGUACAAAAGUCAUAGCAUUCUUUUGAGUACAAUAUAUUUUACUCAUAACAAUAUAGGUCCUUUCAGACAGUACAUUGUUUUUUCUAUUGUUGCUUUCAAAUUGUAUUUUGUGAUUUGCAGAACAUUACGUUUGUAUAAUUCAAAAAUAUCCAACCUUAUUUUUUGCUGUAUUCAGUAAAAGGCUAUGACAGUCAGCCAUUUUUAUAAUAAUAUUUCACACUCUUGGUCCUAAAUUUCAAAUUAAAUGUUGUAAUGCACAUGUGGUAGAUAGGUGCAUAAGAAAAUGAAGUCAGGCAAAACAAAGUAUUUGG